AUGUGCAACCACGCCUGCUUCAACCUCCAAGAGGAGUUCCUCGCCUGCCUUGCCGAUUCCGUGCUCGACAACGCUUCGGGACGUCUCUUCCAUGCCACGUCGGUCAUCCCUGUCCCGUCGGCCCCCAUUCAGUACGUGAUCGACCCGGCUUGCACACGCAUGGACUGCACUACCUUCAAAGUGGAUGAUAGUCAUGGUGGCUCGUCCGACUUCAUGCUUCCCGGCAUUCCGCAAGUCUGUGGACAAGGUGACAGCAGCGCUGGAACGAUGCUCAAUCGCUGUCUGUUUUUCACGCAGGUAUUAAAUCUUGAAAGUGCUUAUUGUGUCCGUUCUGAUAACCGCCUCUUGCUGCUGUUUCCUUGCCCACAUGGACCAAAAACGAACAAGACUAGCCAAGCUAACUCGGGGCCCAACACCCGAUCUAGACGCAAUUCGACCACCGAGCACUCGACGGCUUCAGAUGGUAGUGGUAGUGAUGGCGACAAUGCAGAUGUUGGCGACCAGCUCACUGUUGCAAACAUGUUUGCCCAAUUGCUCGAAGGUCAGAGAAAACUGGCUCAAGAUAUUGCCGAGAUCAAGUUAUUUCACCUAUCAGUAAACUCCCGAUUUGAUGCUCUCGAGUCGCGCGUGGCUGCUCUUGAGUCCUUGCCUAGUACGUCUGGUGACUCUGGUACACCAGGUGCUAAUUUGCUCACUGAGUUUAAAUCACUCACUGAUGUGGUAGAUAGGCUCGUGUCAAGAAAUGACGACUUAAAAAACCGCUCCCGCAGAAACAAUCUUAUCUUGCACGGACUCCCAGAGCAAGUUAGCGAAAGUAAUGAAGUGCUGAUGUCAAAUGGCUCAAAGUUUUUCUCGGAGAAACUGGCAAUGGAUUGCCCGCAAAUUGAGAGGUGCCAUAGACUUGGUAGAAGUCAGGACGGUCGUUCACGCCCCGUCAUUAUGAAAUUGUUAGAUUUACGUGAAAGACUUCGUGUCCUGAAGAACUGUGUUAUGCUUAAAGGCUUGGAGUUUCGUGUAUCGGAAGAUUUCUCCCCUUACGUGCGUUCAAUUCGGAAAAAAAUGUGGGACGCGUCCGCUUCUUUUCGGAACAAUGGCUCUAGUGUCCGCUUUCGUUUUGACCACGUAUUUAUUGAUAACGUCAGAGGUAAUUGGGAUGACGCCACCAACGCAUUAGUGAAGUGUAAUAAACGCACUCCUGAGGCUUCCGUUGCAGCCUCUUCUACCGGUCCUCGUUGA